UCACCCCCAUUGACGCCAAACAGGAGCCCUGAGACACCGACCAUGAGGACCCUCGCGUUCUUCCUCGCGGUUGCCUUUGUCGUGCUCUGCUCCGGCGCUCUUUCUACCGGGGGGCAAGCGCCGGACGCGGAGCGGCCCUUCGUCGGCGACUGGACGCCCAUCAGGGACGUGUACGAGCAGCGCAUCCAGGAGCUGGGCCGCUGGGCGGUUGCAGAGCACGUGAAGGCGGCGCACGACGGGGUGAGGUUCAGCAAGGUGACGAGCGGAGAGGAGCAGGCCGUGACGGAGUCCGAGACGAACUACAGGCUCGUCAUCGACGGGGCGGACGCUGCCGGAAAGGACGCCGCGUACGCGGCGAGUGUGUUCGAGGGCAAGACGCGAGAGCUACUUGCCUUCGGGCUAGCCAACUGAAAACUGAUCGCCGCGCCGCCGUUGCGUUGCCCAUUCUUACUUUGUUAGCAGGAGUACUAGCCUACUAAGGGUUUAAUAAGUGAAAUAUGGAUAUUUUUGGGAGGAUAUUA